GGUGUCAUGUUUCAUCAUUCUAAAUUAAGAUAUUGUUUGUUGUGACAAUAAUGCCACUGAUUUUGCAAUGCGUGACUUGACAGAGUUACUUCACUUUAUUGUUAAAUUGCGUGUUCGUUUUGGCUCAGAGUUCCCACUGUGGUAGCACGUGUUGAGGCUUGACUGUGGUCAGGAGGCAGGGUCAGUGACACUGGGGCCAAACCCACCCGAGGCACACACACAAACACAUAUCCAUGAACUUGGAUGCACUUUGUUCGUGGUGACAGGCAUACACCCACAGACAGACAUCCGGAUCUGUAGACAAUUCUGUGCGUCAUAAAAACUCCAGUGUCAUGUGGGCUGGGUCAGAAAACCCUGACAAACACGUCACUUCUGAGAGCCAGCAUCUGGAACGGUUUCUUUAAGGUAAACAAGGAUUUUUAAAACUGCCGGGGCCCAUCUCAAUCUUUGGGAGUUGUAGCCGUCUUGGCUUGUGAGGCUGUCUGUCUGUCUCCCUCAGAGAGAUAUAGAUAUUGGGCUCUCACAGUGGAAAAUAAGAAGAAUUAUGAGCAAUGGAUCUCCCCGCUGUGCUGCCUUACAAAUGUGCACUAAAAAAAAGGCAGCUCACAGGCUUGUUAUUGCAAAAUAUUGCAACAGCGUCUAAACAUCGCAUCUACUGCAUUCGUUGUGUGCAUUCGUGACUUAUCUGUUUCCCACAGUGUGUGUUUGGAUACACGCUCUGCUGUCUGCACUUGUCCAGCGGCCUGAUUACUCUGUGUCACGUCAAAUUAAAUGAAUGAGGUGGUAGGAAUGACAGAAAAACAAACUUCUAUUCUUAGCGCUUUGCUCCAUUAUCUCAUUUUGUUAUCCGGUCUGUGAUGGAGUUUGUUUGGGUGGAGAAAUGGCAAUCCCACUCACUGUGGUCAGCCCUUGUCAUGUGGUGCCCCUCUUACCACAGACAGUAUUUCUUUUGGUAUCAGUUUAUUCUUAUUCCUACUUGGAGGGGAAAGGGGGCUGGGCAGUUUAGAUUUGUUAAAACUCAAUUUAGAAACAGUAAAAAGCCUGUAUAUAAGAGACUAAUAAAACUUGGCUGACUAUAAAUGACUAAUGGAGGCAGGAGUAAAGUGGUAAAUAGAACAAGUACUUUAUAACACAACAUGUUUUUCUUUCCUUUGCUUUAAUGUAUGACAAGCUCCAAAAAACCUGUUGAAUGUGACUUUAUGCCAGGAAAGCCUGGCACCAAAGCAUGCAGCUCCAAAUCUGUGGCCCAUGCAAAAUAAAAUACUAACCAUAAUUAUUUAAUACAGUCAGGACAACUCUUUUCAAAAGAAGAUUGGGUUGCAAAGUGGCAUGCAGAGGAAGCAGCAUCUACAGGCAGGACAUAUGAAGCUCUACAGUCUGGCAGCGGCUCUGGCUAACAUCACUGUGACUAAUCAUGAGGUGACCUACGACCCUGAUACCAGCUGGCUGAAGUUCCACCUGGGAAUAAACCGCUAUGCUCUGUACUCCCGUGAUGACCCUACUGUCCUUCAACUUAUCAAGGACAUGCAGAGCAUGACAGUCAUCAGUGCAGAUUACACUCAAGAUGAGAAAGCCCUAAAAGGAGCGUGUGAUUGCACCCAAGUGGUGAAGCCCAGCGGACAUCACCUGAAACUGGCCCUGAAAAUGCGCAACCUAGCUAAAGCCAUGUUUAAACCAAUGAGGCAGCAGAGGGACGAGGAGACUCCAGAAGACGUCUUCUAUUUCGUUGACCUCCAGAGACACAAUGCAGAGAUUGCUGCUUUUCAUCUGGACAGGAUCCUAGACUUCCGGAGAGUUCCUCCAGUGGUUGGCAGGCUGGUGAACAUCACUAGUGAAGUCCUAAAAGUAACCCAGAAUGAAGACCUACGAGCUGUGUUCUUCACCUCCCCGGCAAACAACACGUGUUUCUUUGCCAAGUGCCUGUAUGUGUGCAAGACAGAAUAUGCAGCGUGCGGGAGCCCCGACCUGCUGGAGGGCUCCCUGUCCGCCUACCUGCCGGGACUCAGCAUUGCUCCCCGCAUCUCCAUCCCCAGCCCGUGGAUCCGUUCCUAUACCUUCACCGGACGGGAGGAGUGGGAAGUGAAUCCUUUCUACUGCGACACAAUAAAGCAGCAGUACCCCUAUAACUCAGGAAACAGGCUCCUAAACAUCAUAGACAUGUCCAUCUUCGACUUUCUCAUAGGGAACAUGGACAGACACCACUAUGAGAUUUUUACCAAGUUUGGGGAUGAAGGCUUCCUUCUUCACUUGGACAAUGCCAGAGGGUUUGGGAAGCACACUAAAGAUGAGAUGUCCAUCCUGUCUCCACUGUCCCAGUGCUGCAUGAUAAAGCAAUCCACACUACUAAGGCUGCAGCUCCUGGCCCAAUCAGAGUUCAGGCUCAGUGAUGUGAUGAGGGAGUCCCUGCAGGAAGACUCUUUAAGGCCCAUCCUGACAGAGCCCCACCUGUUCGCCCUGGACCGCAGGUUGCACAAGGUCCUCCGAGUGGUCCACCGGUGCGUCCGGAGGCUGGGCAAAGACGAAGUAAUCACUGAGGACUUUUUUAAAUCCACAGUGACUCCCGAGGCUGCCACAGAAGGGACGAUGCAAAGGUAACAGAGGAUGCGCUCGGCUUCUGGCUGCUCGGGAAGAGACUCGUAUAAAUAAGACUCGAUAAAUUUUUAGGAAAAAGCCGUGAGUCUUCAUCACAGAAGGAAGGAAUCUCUGACACCUUCACAUGUUUAAAUAAAGACCCUGUUUUUUUGUUUUUUAAUGAAAUAAAAUGAAGCUUUGUGAGUGGAAACUUACAGCAUCUGAUAUGUAGAGCCACCACUGGAUCAGCUUUUUUUUUUUUAAAUGAUUGUUGGUUUACACUGUGGAUGUGGAAAGAGAGCUCUGCGUGUCCGUGACAUAUAAUCAGAAAAUAAAGUCUUUAUGUGAUGAUUCUGCAAGUUCUGAGGAGAAGUUAUCACCUUAGAGCGGCAGACUGUGUGUGUGUGCGCGCUCAGCCAUAUGUUUGUGAGAAAAGUGCUACCUAUUAAACAGCCACUUAGUUUACUCCACCCUGUUUUCCAGACUUGUAAUCCUCCGUCUCAUCAGAGCGUUUAAACAGCUUCACAACGUCACCGUCAGCUCCGCCAGGCAAGGAUACAGAAACGGCAAACCCAAAACAAUUAGCAAAUAUGCAUUUCGUUGCACCACAGUAAUAACUCUCACCCAAGCGGACUUGUGUGAGGUUUUCGUCUGAACAUGUCAGAGCUUUGACCCGUUCAUUCCCUUUGUUCUCCUCCAACUAACCUGAUAGUCUGCGUUGCUCUGUGAUGUAGAGUAAGAUAAAUAACCACAACUAUUUUUAAGAGACUUUAGAGCCAAGUGGAGUCAGACUUGAGCUUGACAAAGCAGACAGAGUGGCUGAUAAGGAUCCUUUACUUAAAACAGGCCCUCGAGCACAGGUAAAUCCCUUCAUACCGAAGCAUUUUUACAAUACGCCUUCUCUAAAAGCUUUCAGUGAAUGAAUGUCUAAAACAAAAGAUUUACCAAAGGAAAGCACAGAGAGGAUUUGCAAAUAACCAGUAGCUAAAGUUUUGAGAAAUAUAAAUGUGGGUCAUAGCGCCAAAUACAACAAUCUAACUUUAAAUGUGCUCAGUUGAAUAAUAUCUGCUAAAGACGGAGUUUUAAAAAGCUUGAGAAAAAAACAAAUUUAUUAUAAACUGGACAAAAUUCUCAAAUGAGGAAUGAAGAAUUGUAUCUGUUGUUUAAAUUGUUUAAUUUAGGCUUUUGCUUGUUGAGCAAAUCAAUGUUGUUUAUUUUUCUGUGCAAUACCUCCACCUAGUGUGCAAAUUUGAUAUUACAUCUUUUUGAAAAUACAGGGACAUGGCGGGCAGGUGCUUUUCUUAAACUUUACUAUUAGAUAUUUCGAGGUGUUGAACUGCUGGUUGGGUAUUUUAUGAAAUAAAGGACAUUCAAAGCUCUUCUUUGACUGGCUUUUGUUCUGUUCUCUGUGUCAACAUGAUCCCACACUGCUUCAAAAAUGUUGCAACCCAUGCUUGAAGGAGGCCGGUCCAUGACUGAUAGUGCUGCACUGUGUGUUUGGUACGUUUUCCCAGCAU